GCAAAGUGUUCCUAAGAGAAUGUACUCAAUUAGCCUAACUAUGAUUCAAUGUUAAUAUCUAUGAAGUUUGACUGAACUUUGGUAGUGCGACACACCUCGCUCCUCAUCCACGAACUUUCUGUUUCAUCCGUCGGAAGGCUUGAGUUUCACUCUGCACCACAGGAUGGCGCCUUUUCACUUCCAUGCAGUACCAACAGCACGAGCAGAGGAGCGACGCCAAAUGCUGCACAACACCCGGCUUUGAUCCUCACUCCUCGGCGAAGCACUGCACAUAAAGGAAGGUCUCGGGUGUCUUCGGUGAACACCUGACCGUCUUAUGAAUUUGUACAAAAGUAAAAAAAAAAACAUUGAGUUGUUAGCUGCACACGAGUACCUGCGAGCAAUCACGUGAUCAAAUGCGGAAAUUGUCCGAUAGAGAAAGUGUAGCAGAGAGAAGAGGGGAGUGGAGUCUUUGGCGUCUGUUUGUGUUUGGAGCUGCUGCUGCUGGAGCUGGACUCUCUCUCACUGAAACUACACUUCUUCAACAGAAAGAAAAGGACCAAGGUGUUUAUCUGUGAACGAGUUUCUGCAGGGAAUACAUUAAGGGUUGUUCUGAGGUCAGAUUGCUGACAUGAUGAGGCUGUGACAGUGUGUGUCCAAGUGAGUCUGUGCUGGACCAAUCCCUGGGACAUGGCCGCUGCAAAGAAGAGUGGUGUGAAGACAGGAGGUGUGCGCUUCUCAGAGGAACCCCCUGCUGCCGGAGCCCCCUCACAUGUCCACUUUGAUGAGAAACUGCAUGACUCCGUUGUCAUGGUGACUCCAGAGGAUGACGGCAACUUCAUGGUGAAGGUUGGCUUCUUAAAGACACAGCACAGGUAUGAAAUAGUGUUCACCUUGCCUGAAGUCCCAGCUCUGGGGAAGGACGUCUGUCCAGCACCCGUUCCAAGUCCACACCUCCGAAUCACUGAUAUCACGCCAGCACCAGAGGGAGGUCUGAAGGUGACGUGUGAGUACAUGGCGCAGCAGGAGGGGGUUCUGUGCGAGGAGGUGCUGCUCCUGAGCGAGACCAACGAGGACGUCUGUGUGAAGGUCAAAGUUCACGCCAGAGUCAUGGAUCGUCACCACGGCACACCCAUGCUGCUGGAGGGCGUCCGCUGCAUCGGGGUGGAGCUGGAGUACGACUCUGAACAGAGCGACUGGCAAGGAUUUGACUGAAACUCCUUCCACCUGACGCACACACACACACACACACACAUUUACACACUUAAACCUGCCGUCAUAGAACACACCCCUCUUAAAUUACACACAAAACACACUCAGCAUUAUGAAUUAGAGAAGUGUUGUAAUAAUAAAAUGACUUUGUGCCACAUACUGUACAGAACUUCAGACAGCAGUGUGAAUCAGUGUUGAGUUUGGAUCAGAGGAAGAGGCUUCAUUACAUAUAAUAACAUUCCUCUGCUGUCAUCUUGCAACAACUUCAGCAUCUGAAUGAACAGUUUGAACAUUUCCUUUACGUCCCCGCUCUCCUUUUUUUUUUUACCUUGUUAAUCUGUGCUUUCCUUACUCAACCUCUAGAGGGCAGCAGCGCUCUUUGACUCAGUGCAGCCUCAGAUCAUUUCACUGCCUCUCUCACCUUCAUUUACAGGCUGAACAAACUUCAUACUGCAUGGGUUUAUAUGUUUGGGAGUAUUCAAGGGCUCUUUUGUUUUUUAGGUAACUCUGAAUUAACAUAUAGGAAUUAAAGAUAAAUAAAUAAAUACAUAAAAGUAAAAACGCAGUGAUUUCUGUCAAGAAUGCAGAGCAUGUAAUGUGUUUGUUUAACCACAGGGGGGCACUGCAGACCAGUAUAUGUAACUCCUCUUGUCUGAAGGCUUCAUUUGGACCUACAGUGUUGCAGUGUGCUCACAUAUCUCUGUUAAAAGGUAACACACAGCGUAAUCAUAUCUAUAUGUAAGGUUUUUGAAAAUUGACACAGUUUCGUUUGCACCCAAGAUCCCUUAACCACCCUUUUUUAAAAACCUGUAUUAAUAUUUGUGGGCGUUUCUGCCUUUAUUGAUAGGACAGCUGUAGAGAGACAGGAAAUAUGGGGUGUGGACUGGGGGAAGACAUGCAGCAAAUGGUCACAGCCGGGAAUCGAACCGGCAACCUCUGCGACAAGGACUAUAGCCUCUGUAUGUUGGGCGCUUAGACCUUUAAGCCAUCAGCGCCCCCUAUCUGAGGACAAAUUCGAAGUUACAAUAUUUAAUGUGGGGUAAAAAAUGAUUUUAAAUGAAAGGAGAGAAGAAGAAGAUAGGAAUAGCGGUUUAAAACAUCUGCUCCAGCUGUUUGAGGAAAUAAUCCAUUGAUAUUUUGACUUAUGUGAUGGACCCCUGUUUCUUUAUUUCAUAUUAAUGCAUGUAAACACUGUUCUUUAAACUUCACAAACAGUAGAAUUUGAUAUUAAUAAUUCAUAUUGUUCUAGUUGAGUUGCACUUUAUUUCUUAGAAGUACAGUACACUGCAAAACAAAAAUCUUUGGAAUUGUUAUUUCUAGUCAAAAUAUCUCAUUAGACUCCACAUAAGUUUUUGAUUUUAUUACAGUAAACUCACUUUUAGCACCUUAUUUAAUCUAAAAGCUGAAUGGGUUCCAUAAACUGGAUCAAAUUAUUAUUUCCGAUUUUACACGGCAAAAAAUCAAAAUCAAAAGUCAAAAUUUCCCUUUAGACUUAAAAUAAGCGACAUUGACCUGUAAGUCCAGAUAAUUUCUGAUCUUAUUUCUACAUAUUACAAACAAAAAAGAAUACCUGAGUAGUUUGUAAUGUGUAGAAUAAUCUGCUGAUGCAGUAAAACAAAAUCUACUUGUCAGAUUUCUUAAAAUACGACUUUAUUCAGAUUACAAGAAACAUAAGGAGAUAUAGCUUGCUGCAUUAGUGGAUUCUUUGUGCUUGUUUUUAUUUUCUCUUGUAAAAUCUUUUUUCUGUUAUUCUUUCACCAUCGUUGUAAACACUAUACACGGCAAAAACUCAAGUUGUAGAUUAUAAGAAAUGCUAAGUAUGAUGAAUACAACUCACCUUGAAAGGGCCUGUCUGUUUUUUAACCUUGAAAAUGGGCUGGAUCCUUUGUACCAGUGUGACUUCUAUUCCAGAUUUCACACUGCAAAAAAUGUAAUCGCAGCAAAUGUGUUGGUCGCGUUUCUAGUCAAAGUAUAAGUCACAAUGGUCCGACAAGUCCAGCUGAACAUCGUAUUUUAUGAUUUUACAAGCUGAUUAAAAAACUUUGCAUGAAAAGCUUGUAAUGAAAAAGAAUGUCUCCCAAUGCCGUGACAAAAAAAAUAACUCAAGGUUCUUAAAAUAAGACAUCACUCUGAUUAAAAGAGACUAAACAAGUCAGGUUUGCUAACUACAUUGUCAUUGUUUCUUACUCUACAGGACACUCAGGCCUUAUUUAUUGCUUAUGAUUUCUUGAAAUAAGACCUUUUAUAUGUGGAUGUAUCGGGUCAAUGUGGCUUAUAUGAAGUCUGAUGAGAUAUUUUAACCUAAAGAUUUGAGUUUUUGCGGUGUCAAAUCUGGAAUACAAGUUGCAUUUAUAAAAAGGACACAGACGACUUUAGAGAUUAAAAACAGUGACUCACUGGAUUUUAGGGAAAAUAAAUCCACAACGAAACAAUUUAAAACAACAUGUUCACAUUUCUGUUGAUAUCUCAAAGCUGAUUUUACAGAUGGUUGUAGAGAUUAAACGAUACAUGAGACUAUAUAUAAAUAAUCUGCAGUUAUUAUAAGGCAACAACAAACUGUCUGCUUCCAGUUUUGCAAAUGAAGGUCUGCGUUUCUGUUUUCUAUCUUUGUAAAUAACAAUAGCUUCAGGUUUUUGACUCUUAACCCACUAAAAUAUGACAUUUAAAGACUUUAUCCUUCCACUUUAACUUUAAUUAAUCCACCUAACAAGAAGAUAUUCCUCAGUUUAAUCCAUCAUCUUGCUCUGGAGUGUUUCAGGAGGAUUGCAGAGUUGAGGAAGGUUUAUCUCUUUUGUCCGACUUCAUGAAGCCUUCAGAAACACACACGUACGAUACAAGUGCCUUUCAUUGAACCUGUACUGUUUCUCAUUUCACUCGGGCCUGACUUUCUUUCUUUCUUUCUUUCUUUUUAUUCGUACCAUCUGCUUUUCUUCUCAUCACACCACUGAACCAACACUGCGCUCCUUAGUUUACAUCCAUGCUUACAAAGUGCCAGGAUGUGGCUCCUUCUGUCAGAGCUGGUUUUACACACCCUGACGUUUCUUCUGUGUGAAUCAACAUUUUUCUUUUCUGUUACAUCCUGUUGAAUCCAUCAGCCUUAAAGGAAACUGAUCAGUGUGUAUUUUCUCUUGGUGUAUACAGAUUAAAUCGAUGUUUGCCUGCGUGUAAUAAAGCUUAAAGUCUGUUUGUUCCUUCAAUGUGAAGCUUCGAUAGGUGACUGUUUCCAGAAUGUAGCGGUUUCUUGGUCCCCCUGCUCCCUGUGUGUGUGGUUUGUAUUUUUUAAUGUCAAAAAUGAAUAAAAGUGUAUGUUUGAG